AUGGCUGCGCAGAAGCUCAACUUCUUCGAGAAGAUCGCCAACAUGGUCGGCGUCCUGUACCGCCACCAGGCCGCGCAGUUCCCGCGCCGUCUUGCCAUCCUCAAGGUCAUUUUCUUUUUCUUUUUUUAUUUUAUAAAAAUUAAAAAUCUUCAAGGAUUAGGAAUAAUUUAAAAAAAUUGUACGUGAUUGAAGAAGUACAAAGUUUUAAAAAAAAUUUAGACAUUUGGUCACUGAAAAAAAUAAGGGCUUUAUUGAUUUUAUUAAUUGAUUUAAUUAAAAACAAAUGUAGAUUUACUUCAUGGUUUUCAUUAUAUUCACCCAUUGAUUUGGAAAAAUUUCGCAUUUUUUUAUCGAGCAAAAAUAAAAAUGAAUUUACACUUUAACUCAUAGUCAGCAACGAAAAAUGCUAUCACAAAGAAAAAAUCGAAACAAAUCAACGUCAAGAAGGUCAUUGUGAAACAAAAAAAGAUUCCUUGAGUGCCAUUUUAAAUCAAUGAAACAAGAAAAUAUAAAAAUUAUUUUCUAUACAAGUGCUAAAAUUUUCCAGGCGGUCGGAAAGCACGAGCUGAUGCCGCCACGAACGGCCGACUGGCCAGCCAUCAAGGGAGACUGGAAGAAGGUGCAGAAGUUUGUCGCUGACGGACACUACAAACAGCUCACCAUCAAGGUUAUUUUCAUAUAUUUUUUUAUUUUCCUAGUAUGAAGUUUUUUUGACAAAAAAAGUUAGGAAAAAAAUAUGAGCCUUCAAAAAAAUGUUUCAAAAAUUAAAUUCUUUAACUUUACCUAUUGACAGUUUUAAUGAAAAGUCUCGUCAAGCGAUUUGAUUUUUGAAGUUGCAGCCGUCGAAGAGAAGAGCUCUUUUUGAUGGUUUUCCAGUACAAAAAGGCUGCUGAUUUGGUGGUAUAAAAAAAGACCGGAGAAAAUUGGAACGACUUUUUGACAAAUCCUUUUUCGACUUUUUUUUUGACUUUGUUUUGAAUUCACCUCUAUGAAGCAGGUAGUAAAUUCAUAAUCGAAACACAAAAAAAUAGAAAAAGUCAAAAAAAUUUUUAUAAAUCGGAAAAUACAAGGGAAAAAAAGCCGGGAAGAAAUUUUUUUCGAAAAGUUCCCCAGCAAUAUAUGAAAAAAAGUCGCCUUUCAAAAAAAUUUGCUGGCUUUUUCCUACCACCGCUGAAAAAUGCAUUAAUGAUCUUAUUUAAUAACAAAAAAAGGAAGAUUUAGAAUUUAUAAAGUAAAGCAUUGGGUAGUUUUAUUUUCCUAGCAUUCUCUCGGGGUCCUUAGGGUAUGCAGUUUUUUUGGAGGUCAAGAAAUGUUCUUCUACUUUUUCAUUCUAAAUUUUAUUUUACUAUAGGAAGGAUUGGUGUACACCGCAGUUGCCCUCGAAGUCGCUUUCUGGUUCUUCAUUGGUGAGAUGAUUGGCCGUCGCUACAUUUUCGGUUACCUCGUAAGUGUCUUGCUUUUUUUCAAGGAAUCUUUUGGAAUUGCAGCCACAUUUUCAGAAAAUGAUCUUCUCUUUGUUACUAAAAUUUCCUCGAAAAUUUUGAACCUUGAAAAAAACAAUAUUUCGAGAGAUUGUCGAAUUUUGAUUAUGUGUCGUAUAUACGCUCAAAUCAAGUUAAAUCUGGUCGUCUCUUUUUCAAAUUUAUAUUCCACCCUUAAAUAGUUUUUCACAAAAAACUGACACGGUUUCCAAAAUUUUUAAAUUCCCUUUUGAACGUUUUCUCUAAAAUUUCAAAUUCAAAAAAAAUUUUUUGCUCAUGCCGAUAGUUAAGUUUUGGCACUACUAAAUCUCGUUAUUACUUUGAUAACUACAAUCUUUCAAGUUUCAUAACUUGAUCAAAAGCAAAAAUAAACAUUUCCGUCACCUCCAAUAACCAUAAGCAAAAAUGAUAAACCUUCCUAGCUCCAAUGUCAACUAUUUCUGGUAAAAUAGCAUUUUAGACAGAGAAUCGCGGAAAAUAAUUGGCUGAAUAGAGAAAAUAAAGGAUUUUUUUUUUUCUUAUUUUUGAUUUUUUCCAGGUUCCCGGCGAUUUCGUCUCAAAGGAAACCAAGAAGCAGGCCAAAGCUAUCGAGCACGACGCCACCCAACACCAUCAUUAA